GCCGCCGCCGGGAUUAGACGACAUUCCAUCUGUCAAGGAAGUCGACGGGACUUUCUGACAAACGGGAAACAUGAAGUAGAAACUUUGGGACUCGGAUUCGGGUUUGACGUCAGGCGGGUCGAGGGUCGAACCUCUGGCGGGUGACGAUGAGUUUUGUUCGGUGAAAAACUUAUUUUAGGAUCCGAUCGUCGCAGAUGGCGGGUUUCUUCGGGCUGGUGGAGGAUCUGAAACGGGGGCUGAAGGUCGACGCGCUGGCCGAAGCCGGACGCCAGUACCCGCUCUUCUGCUUCCUGCUGCUGAGCAUGGCACUGGUGACGGUGCUGUUCAACAGGUACAUCCACAUCCUGAUGCUCUUCUGGUCGUUCCUAGCUGGAGUCGUCACUUUCUAUUGCUCCCUCGGACCCGAGUCUCUGCUCCCAAACAUCCUCUUCACCAUCAAGACCAGGAACAAACAGCUGCAGCAGCAGGAGUUGUUUCCUCUGGGCAACAGCUGCGCCGUGUGCGGGAAGGUCAAGUGCAAACGCCACCGGCCGACACUGCUCCUUGAGAAUUAUCAGCCGUGGUUGGACCUGAAGGUUCAUUCAAACGUGGAUGCCUCGGUAGCAGAGGUGUUCGAGUUGGUUCUGGAGAACUUUGUGUACCCCUGGUACAGGGACAUCACAGACGACGAGGCUUGUGUGGACGAACUGAGGAUGACCUUUCGCUUCUUUGCCUCGGUGCUCGUCCGCCGAGCUCAGAAGGUCGACGUCCCGGCGGUGUUUGCAGACAAAGUCAUGAAAGCCGCGAUGAAGCACAUUGAAAUUAUCACAAAAGCUCGAGGAAAAGUGAAUAGUGUGGAGAGUCUCCAGCAGGCGGCGCUGGACGAAUACGGCGCCGACCUCCACGUCGCCCUGCGCAGCCGGAAGGAUGAACUGUUCUACCUGAGAAAACUGACUGAGAUGCUGUUCCCCUACGUCAUGCCUCCCAAAGCCACGGACUGCAGGUCUCUGGCUCUGCUGCUGCGUGAGGUGAUGGCCGGGUCCGUCAUCCUGCCGACCAUGGACUUCAUGGCUGAUCCCGACACCGUGAACCUCAUGGUGCUCAUGUUUGUUGACGACACUCCGCCUGAACCAGCCUCCGAGCCGGCGUCCCCCCUGGUUCCAUUUCUACAGAAAUACGCCGACGUCAGCAACAAGAAGCCGUCGGUGCUGAAGUUGGAGCUGAGGCAGAUCCGGGAUCAGCAGGAUCUCCUCUUUCGCUUCAUGAACUUCCUGAAGCAGGAAGGAGCUGUGCACGUGCUGCAGUUCUGCCUCGCUGUGGAGGAGUUCAACGAUAAGAUCCUGAGUCCGGAGCUGAGCGACGCGGAGCUGCGGCGUUUGCACGGCGAGGUGCUGCACAUCUACGAGACGUACUGCCUGGACGAGAGCAUCGACAAGAUCAGCUUCGACCCGUUCAUCGUGGACGAGAUCAGGAACAUUGUCACAGGGCCGUACAGCGGCGUGGUGAAGCUGCAGACCAUGCACUGCCUGUUUGAGGCGUACGAACACGUCCUGUCGCUGCUGGAGAGAGUUUUCACCCCGAUGUUCUGUCACAGUGACGAAUACUUCAGGCACCUGCUGCGAGGAGCAGAGUCUCUGACCAGGAACUCAAGAAUCAACAGAAACCCGUCAAAACGAGGCGAGACGUUCGGGAUCAGCAGAAUCGGCAGCAAAAUCAAAGGUGUGUUCAGGAGCACGACCAUGGAGGGUGCCAUGCUGCCACCCGGCGCCAUGGGCGACAUGGACGACGAUGUGGUGGAGGAGGCGACCAUGGUGAUGGAGGACGACUCCCCCGCCGAGCCAGCGAGCGCGGUGGGCACCCAGAGGAACCUGUCGGCCUGGAGCAUCACCAUCCCGUACAUCGACAGCUACGACGACGAGGCAAAGAGGGAGCGGGUCCCCGUGUUCUGCAUCGACGUGGAACGCAACGACAGGAAGCAAGCCGCUGGUCAUGAAACGGAGAAGUGGUCGGUCUUCAGAAGAUACCUGGAGUUCUACGUUCUCGAAUCCAAACUCACAGAAUUCCACGGUACAUUUGCAGAUGCUCAGCUUCCCUCCAAACGAAUCAUCGGACCAAAGAAUUAUGAAUUCCUCACGUCAAAGAGGGAAGAGUUUGAGGAGUAUCUGCAGAGACUCGUGCAGCACCCGGAGCUCAGUAACAGUCAGCUGUUGGCGGACUUCCUGUCUCCUCACAGCGUUGAGUCUCAGUUCCUGGACCGGAUGCUUCCUGACGUCAACCUGGGGAAGAUUUUCAAGUCCGUACCGGGGAAGCUGAUAAAAGAGAGAGGACAGAACCUGGAGCCGUUCAUCCAGAGUCUGUUCAACUCCUGCGAGUCGCCCAAACCCAAACCCAGCCGACCCGAGCUGACCAUCCUCAGUCCCACGGCAGAGAACAACAAGAAGGAAAAAACAGUUUGGAUUAAUGAGGCGCUUGUCGCCUGUGAGUCUGGGAAGGAGCAGGAGGAAGGUUUGGGUUUAAUCCUUCACAUGUGGAACUUUAGACUGUGGCAACAACACGUGGAAUUAACAAUAAAUAAAUAAAAUGUAAGUAAGAAGGUUCAGUGACUGUGAACGUGGGGGGCGGAGCCUCAUCUGGAAUUAAAACUGUUAAAACAUGAAAAACUGAACAGAGUUUGUUGGAUUUGUUCCAUCAGCAGCUCUUUGGGUCAUGAAGCAGAGGAUCAUGGGUAAUAUCCAGCUUUCAGUUGAGUCAGUGGGACAACGCAGUGUUUGUUAAGAGUCUUAAUGGCGGCGUGACGCUGCAGGGGGCGCUGCUGCUCACUGACAGUGCUCAACAACCUGAAAAGAUACGUGGGUCGUCAGACGAGGAACACGCGUGAACCCAGAUCAGACCUCGGAACUCUGGUUCAUCGUUCCGUCACAAUCUCGGAACACGGAAUUACACAACCUCGAGUUGGAAUUCAGGGAAAAAAGCUCAGACUUCAGAGGUACAAUGGAACGCAGCGACGGUCCCCAGAAUCUGUUUCUCCCGUUCGAUUAAAAACUACAUCGACCAGAAUUUUCAGACUCAUCAGCGACGCUGCGUUCCAUUUCACCGCGGAACUCGGAUCUCCGAGUCCAGUUGCAAUUUCCGAGGUCGUGAUUCCAAGUUGCGAGAUUACAAUGGAACGGUAACCCGACUUCUGAGCUUCCGAGGUAUAAUGGAUUAGGGGGUGAACCCCAAAGAUUCCCGUCUCCGGGAGGAGCCGCUGGGCUCGGAGCUGAGAAGGUCGGGAGUUGAUAAAACAUAGAAUCAUCAGCUGUGUUCUCGUCGCAGCUCCCGUUGGACUUGGACGUCGGCCCCACGACACGACCGACUGUUGUUAACCAAUGUUC